UGGUUGAAAAAGCAUCAUGAAUUCUGGAGCGUUGUUCACCGUAUUCAGUUUAAUCUGCUCGAUUUUCCUGGCUGCGAAAGCGCAGGCUUUUUGCGAUUUGUCGAGUGAGAGUUUACCUGCCGAUCUAACACGGUCUGUAGUCCGUUCCUCCGACUGGCUGAAGAAGACGUACGGCGACAAGAGUACGGUCCUACGCCCCUACCGAGCAGGCUCACUCUUCGCCAGCCUCAGAAUUGCAGGCCACUAUCCCGACGUCUUGCUUUCAGAUUUCAAAGACGGACAGGGCGUUUCUAUCGAAGAAACAUUGAAAAACGAGCUUGAUUCGGUGCAGAAGAAGUAUGGAAACCUUUCGAGCAUUCCUACCCCACAACUUGCUCUUAUUACCCAAGGAGUGAUAUCGAUUUGUAAUAACCCAGCAGAUUUUCAUGGAUAUGAACUUAUACAAACUCUUCUUGAUGGUUUCGCAAAGUUCAAAAUCCAGCCGGAUUUCAAUAAUUAUUUCGGGUACAGUUUGGCUGUGAUUGCUCUGUGCAACGCAGAUCAUUUUGUACCGGAUGCUGUCAUCUUGGGAUUGAUAAAGGGUGCACAAGGAGGAGCAACUGUUAAUUCGGUUGAUAUAAACGCGUUGCUCUUAACCGCUCUGUCUUGUGUCAAGAGCUCUUCAAGCUUUGUGCAACAACUGGUGUCUAAAACAUCACGAAACUUAGUUCGUAUUUUGAUUUCAAAGCAGAGUAAGGAUACAGGAGCAUUUGGGAAUCAGUAUUCAACAGCUCUCGCUGUCGAGGCUCUUCAAGCAGCUCGCGUCAGCACCAAAAGAUAUCGUUGUGAAAAAGCGAUGAGAAGUAUUCUAACCUACCAGAAAAAUGAUGGCGAUGGAUCAUUUGGGUCAAUUCUUGCAAAUAUUCAAGUGACUCCUGCUCUGCUGGGAGAGUCGCUGAUCAGUUUGAAAAAAUACCCUUGUCCUAAAGGCCCAACACCCGCUCCACAGGAAAUCACAGUUCAUGUUCGCCUUGUUUUCGACGUGCCUUCCAUUGCGAGAACCGUACCCGAGGUGUCUGUCAAACUAGCAAAAGGUGCAACAGCUUACGUCGUUUUGGAGUUGGCCAAACUAAAAAAUUCUUGUUACACAGCCACUUAUAAAAAGUAUUCGUUUGGCCGCUCAGUCACAAGUAUCUGUGGUGUUUCAUCUGAUUGGAAACAGAAGCAAUAUUGGAUGAUUGCAAUUAACGGAAAGGCUUCCAAAUAUGGCGUCGAUAGCAUCAAACCGAAAGAUGGCGACCUUAUUACAUUCAAAUACGUGAAAUUAAGCUUUUAGUGAUCAUUAUAUAGAACUCAGAUUUAACUGUGGUAGAUUAGAGUAGCUAACAAAUGCUUAAAUGAUUCACGGACGCAUAAAUUAUAUCAGCCAUAGCAGUAGAAAGACAAUAUGUGCAGUAUUGUUUACAAUGAAUGAAAAUCAAGGGAAAUAAUUGAAUAAAGGGAAAUAUCAUAU